AUGCACCACCCUCGCAACGCGGACCUCUUUGAAGACGUCUGCAAAGACCGCCUCCCCAACGACGACAUCUUUGUCCCGCCCCAGCACCAGCCCAUCAAUCCCGAGGACGAGGACGACGUUGUGCCCGACCAGCAUGCCGCUUUUGGCAUCCAGCGCGCCACCCAGGCUGUGCGCGAGCCUGCAUGGAAGGACCUGGGGCUGUCGCAGCUGAUGCGCCGCGGGCCGCGCGGCGCACGUGGAGGGGGUGGAGGAGCCACCCAUGAUGGCAGCAGUAUGCAUGCUACCGGCGGGAGUGGUGCUGGCAGCGGCGCGUCUGGCCCCGGCGGCGUCACAAACAACUCGUACGGUUACUAUGCCUACUACUAUGGCUACAACGCCAACGGCAUCGGGGCCGGCCUCGCCGGUGCGGGCAGCGGCGGUGGCGGGUUUGCUGGUGAUCCGGCUGCAAGUCCUGGCCCAGGGGGCGUGGUGCGUGGACAGUCCGGAGCUGGAUCCAGACCGUACCGUGGAAUGCCGCGGUGA